AUCAAACCCUAAUUUCAACCAUCGCCAUGAAAGUGCUUGAAGGAGCUCUCUACAGAUCCUCUCUCCUCGUCAUCUCCAUCUCCGUUAUCAUCUUCUGGCUCCGUCUCCACCAACAGAAUCUCAACCCUCAAAACCUAACUCCUCCUGAUUCAAACUACAUAAUCCGAUUUAAGCACUACAAGCCUGCGGAAACGCAUCGGAUUUACCUCGAAUCGGAGCUCCGAUCCGGCGGUUGGGGGUGGAUCGAGAGGGAUAACGCGGCGGCGAAGUAUCCGACGGACUUUGGCGUCCUAUGGAUCGAGGAGAGAACGAGAGAGGCAGUGGUUGGAGAGAUCGAGAGGCUGGAGAUGGUGAGAGACGUUAACGUGGAGUUUAGGUAUCAGAGAGUGUUGCUUGGUGGAUCUUUUGAGGACGGAGAGAAACGUCCCGGGAAGAUCUUUACUUCCAUGUCUUUUGAAGAAGGAGAUGAUCACUCUUUGAAUGACACCGCGUUGAAGUGGAGUAGACAUCUUCUUGCUCAGAAGACUCAAGUGACGUCACUGUUUGGAGCAGAUGUUCUCUGGAAGAAGGGGUAUACUGGUGCUAAUGUCAAAAUGGCAAUUUUUGAUACUGGGAUAAGAGCUGACCAUCCUCAUUUCCGUAAUAUCAAGGAGCGUACAAAUUGGACAAAUGAAGACACUUUGAAUGAUAACCUUGGGCAUGGGACCUUUGUCGCUGGUGUUAUUGCUGGUCGAGAUACGGAAUGUCUUGGAUUUGCUUCGGACACGGAGAUUUAUGCUUUCCGAGUUUUCACAGACCGCCAGCUUGUUGCAGGUAUCAUACACCUCAUGGUUUCUUGAUGCUUUCAACUAUGCCAUAGCAACAAAUAUGGAUGUAUUAAAUUUGAGCAUUGGUGGACCGGAUUACUUGGAUCUGCCUUUUGUAGAGAAGGUGUGGGAAAUAACAGCCAACAAUAUCAUUAUGGUGUCUGCAAUUGGGAAUGAUGGGCCACUUUACGGAACGCUAAAUAAUCCAGCUGACCAGAGUGAUGUCAUAGGCGUGGGUGGUAUUGACUAUGAUGAUCAUAUAGCUUCAUUUUCAUCUCGGGGCAUGAGCACUUGGGAAAUUCCUCAUGGAUAUGGCCGUGUCAAACCAGAUGUUGUUGCAUAUGGCCGUGACAUUAUGGGGUCCAAGAUCAGCACUGGUUGUAAAAGCUUGUCUGGAACAAGUGUGGCCAGUCCUGUUGUUGCUGGUAUCGUUUGCCUGCUUGUAAGUGUUAUUCCUGAAGCUAGAAGGAAGGAUCUGCUCAACCCAGCAAGCAUGAAGCAGGCAUUGGUCGAAGGUUCUGCUAAGCUUUCAGGUCCUAAUAUGUAUGAACAGGGUGCAGGAAGAGUUGAUCUAUUACAGUCCUAUGAAAUUUUGAAGAGCUACAAUCCCCGAGCAAGCAUUUUCCCAAGUAUUCUUGAUUAUAGCGAUUGUCCAUAUUCCUGGCCCUUCUGUCGUCAGCCACUAUAUGCAGGUGCAAUGCCUGUUAUUUUCAACACAACAAUUCUAAAUGGUAUGGGUGUCAUUGGCUAUAUUGAAAGUCCACCAACAUGGCAUCCUGCAAACGAAGAAGGAAAUCUUCUGAGCAUUCACUUUAAGUAUCCAGAUGUCAUAUGGCCUUGGACUGGCUAUCUAGCUUUACACAUGCAGAUAAAGGAAGAAGGUGCACAGUUCGCAGGUGAAAUAGAGGGCAAUGUAACUGUGAAAGUAUACAGCCCACCAGCCCCUGGAGAAAGUGGACCUAGAAGAACUACUUGUUCUCUUCAGUUGAAACUGAAAGUGAUUCCCACUCCACCAAGAGCGAAACGUGUUCUGUGGGAUCAGUUUCACAGCAUUAAAUAUCCUCCAGGUUAUAUUCCAAAAGACUCUUUGGAUGUCCGCAAUGACAUUCUUGAUUGGCAUGGUGAUCACCUCCAUACAAAUUUUCACAUCAUGUUCAACAUGUUACGUGAUGCUGGGUACUAUAUAGAGACUCUUGGUUCUCCCCUUACAUGUUUCGAUGCUCUGCAAUAUGGAACGCUUUUGAUGGUUGACCUUGAAGAUGAAUACUUUCCAGAAGAAAUUGAAAAACUCAAAUAUGACGUUGUCAAUACAAAACUGGGUCUGGUUGUGUUCGCUGAGUGGUAUAAUGUCGAUACCAUGGUGAAAAUGAGAUUCUUUGAUGAUAACACGCGCAGUUGGUGGACUCCAAUCACUGGAGGUGCAAAUAUCCCUGCACUUAAUAAUCUCCUUGCAUCUUUUGGAAUUGCAUUUGGAGACAAGAUUCUGAAUGGGGAUUUCAGUAUUGACGGUGAGCAGAGUCGAUACGCUUCUGGAACGAACAUAGCUAGGUUUCCUGCUGGUGGGUUUUUGCACAGUUUUCCUUUACUAGACAGCUCUGAGAGUGGCGCUACACAGAAUCUACUACAAACUGGGUCCUCGAAGGAAGACCCUGCUGUUCUUGGGCUUCUAGAGAUAGGUGAUGGCCGGAUUGGUGUGUAUGGAGACUCAAAUUGCCUUGACAGUAGCCACAUGGUCACCAACUGCUACUGGCUCCUGAAGAAAAUGCUAGAUUUCACCAGUUCAAACAUUAAAGACCCUGUACUUUUCUCAAAAUUUUCUAAGAGAGAUUCACCCAUAGUCACAGACGAGAACCUGCUGCCUUCUAGAAGAACUGAUGUAAAUUUUUCAACAUACUCUUCUGUGAUCGGCAAGGAGCUAAUCUGUCAGAGCGACUCCAGAUUUGAAGUAUGGGGAACUAAAGGGUAUAACUUACACGUCAGAGGAAGGAACCGUAGGUUACCUGGUUACCGUGGCAUUGAUUUAGGACAAGGCUUGAAUAAUACAGUGGAGAAUACAAGACCAACACGUUGGAAAUCAGCUAAGGAUCAAGGUGAACUUAGUUCUUCCAGGAGCAAGUAUCUGGGAGGCCUUUUCAAUAGGGACGAGAUUGACAUGUCAUUCCUGGUUGCUACUCGCUGGAUAGUACCUGCUGGUGUUGCAGCUAGUGGAGUCCUAGUGCUACUAAGCAUAUGGAGAAUCAGGCAAAGGAGGCGUAGGCGGAGAAGGGCAUCUGGGUCUAAUCGAUCAGCCUAACAUAUAGCUGUGUAGUGCUACCCAUUUGACUUUUUGUAGCUUUUUACUGCCACUUACAGUGACCACAGAAUGUAGUUUCACUUUUACAUUUCUACAGCUGGCAAUUUUGUUUUAGGAAAUCAAUUUCUAAAAACUUCACGACUAAUGACCAUUAAAAUAACACAGAAGGAAAAAA